UAAUGCAUGGAGCUAGUGAGCGAGGAAGGAAAGAGGGGCGGAGUCUUCUGCCUCUUACUCUCGGGAUCUCGGGAUUGCGUGCGGACAACAUGGUGCGGGCCUGGUACAUGGACGACUCCGAGGAGGACCAGCGGAAGCCGCACCAACUGCAGCCGAACCAGCCGGUGUCGCUUGACGAGCUGCGGCCGCUAGGGGUGCACUACUUCAGGUUGGAUGCCGAUAAUUACGAGACGGAUCCAGAGCUGGCCAAGAUCCGCAAAGAAAAUAAUUACUCCUGGACGGAUAUCAUCACCAUACAUAAACACACGCUCCCCAAUUACGAGCAGAAGCUGAAGAUGUUUUAUGAAGAACACUUGCAUCUGGAUGAUGAGAUCCGCUACAUCCUGGAGGGAAGCGGUUACUUUGAUGUACGAGACAAGCAGGAGCGAUGGAUUAGGAUCGCCAUGGAGAAAGGAGAUAUGAUCACGCUCCCGGCCGGCAUCUACCACCGAUUUACACUGGAUGAGAAUAACUACGUGAAGGCAAUGAGAUUGUUCGUAGGAGAACCAGUGUGGACCCCAUUUAACCGGCCUGCAGAUGACUUUGAGGCACGCACCAAAUAUGUUAACUUUUUGUCUCAGAAAGCCUAAUAAAAGCCUUUAGUAUAAUUAUAUAUAAUCGCUGCUGAACACGUUCAGUGUACUCCACCAAUUUAGGUAUUUUAUAUGAUUUAAAAUCACAGAUUCAAAGAAGCUUCAUUCUUAAUCUGAAAAUGUAUAGUAUAUAAAGUGGGAUCAAGUGUAUAUGCUUGCACCCUUUUCAGUGCCUUAUUGUACAGUGGAUACAUAACAUGAUACAGUAAGAUUUGCCGAUAUACGUAUUUGGUAACAUACUUGAUACUUUGGGUUUGCACAGAUUUACUGUUGAAAUACACAUAUAUUUCAGAGCUGCAAUUCUUAUUUGGCUGCUGCAUAAUAGUCGGUGGUGGAAAUAAAAUUCAGUCUUCAAAAUGGCGGCUACGUCUGUAAUGUGUAGAAAAGUAACUCCCCAAAAAAUAAGAUGGAGAAAUAAAGAAUUCGGACGAGUACAAAAAAUUGUAGAUUUUCCAUUGGCGGUCUGGUCCUCGUGUGACAUAAUCCUCCUGCAUUGUGAGAACGGUGUAUGCUUGUCACACAGAGGAGAAAAUUGGAGCGGUUUUCCCAAAAAUAAAAUGUCCACCGGCAGGCAGUUUGUAGACUUUGA